CCAAGCUUCAGAAUCAUGUCUUUCUUCCUGACUCCAGUCUUGAUAGCAGUUAUCUGUGUCUUGAUUGGGUGGAUCUUUAAAAGUGAAAACAAGAAAGCAGACAAUGAAGCUAAAACCAAGUCAGAAUACCGGCCAUGGGUAGAUGAAGACUUAAAAGACAGCACAGAGCUCCACCAAAUAGAAGAAGAUGAGGAUGAGUUGGACGAAUCUGAAGAAAGCAUUGAACAUAUUCCAUUCUCCAGUGCACGCUAUCCAGAGAAUGAAAUGAUUAAGAGGUCUCAGGAAUUUUAUGAGCUUCUCAAUCAGAGGCGGUCUGUCAGGUUCAUAAGUAAUGAGCCAGUCCCAAGGCAGGUUAUUGACAAUGUCAUCAAAACAGCAGGAACAGCCCCAAGUGGGGCACACACAGAGCCCUGGUCCUUCGUGAUUGUGCAAGAUGAAGAAGUGAAACAUAGGAUCCGAAUGAUCAUUGAGGAGGAAGAGGAAGUAAAUUACAAGAAAAGAAUGGGAGACAAAUGGGUUAAUGACCUGAAGAAACUAAAAACUAACUGGAUCAAAGAAUACCUGGACAUGGCUCCUUUUCUGAUUCUCAUUUUCAAAAAAGUCUAUGGCAUAACUUCUAGUGGCAGAAGAAAGACUCAUUACUACAAUGAGAUCAGUGUUUCCAUUGCUUGUGGUUUCCUCCUUGCUGCCUUACAGAAUGCAGGUCUUGUGACUGUCACCACCACCCCUCUGAACUGUGGACCUCGUCUAAGGACACUGCUGGACCGCCCUGUCAAUGAAAAGUUGCUGAUGCUCCUCCCCGUUGGGUAUCCCAGUAAGGAUGCCACGGUUCCUGACUUAAAGCGAAAACCCCUGGAGGAGAUUAUGGUGGUUGUAUAGACUGGAAGUUUCUCCCUUGCCUCUCUUUUUUUCCUGUUUCUUUCCUUCUUCCAUUUACCCCAAGCUUAGCAGUCACUCAAUCUAGAUAUUGAUAGGCUUGUGUAGUACUUUGUUUCUCAGAGGUGACAGCCACAGGGUAUGAUCAAUGGUUCUAACAUCUCAAACACUUUGGAUCUGAUGCCUCCUGAGGCCAAUGGACAGUGUGAUGAGGUGAAGAGACAACAUUCUAAUUAAAUGCUAUUUGCUGUCACAUUUCACACCCCUACUGCCGAAUGGAAUUCAUGUCUGCCUUAAGAUUCCAUGUUUAUUUUAUGCAAUAAUUAAUAGUUUUGUUGGCUUGAGAAAAAGCAAAGAAUUACCAGAAAAUUCAAUGAGUUUCUAGGAAAUUUAGCUUUCAAAAUGAAAUAAAUUUAGACCAUACA